UAUCAAGUGGCGACUGUGUUCUCACUUCUAUUUCGUCCCUUUAUUCUUUUUUAAUUUAUUUUGCCCCCUCUUAGCAAUUUUUUUUUUUUCGUUAUUACCCCCCGGUAUUAUUUUAAAUUCGCAUCCCAAUCCAAUGUCCACAAAUUCCGGUGCUUCUAUUUCCCACUCUCUUAUUGUGGAAAGUGGAAACACUCAUCGCACCAAACCCACACACAGGCUAGCAACUUUCUAUAUAUCUGCCGUACGCUUUCACUCUCUCCAUUCCUCUUUUGCUCUGGGAGAUAUUUUUUUUUCUUUUUUUUUUUUUACAAAUAGGUCCUUUGAAGAAGAAGAGUUGUUGGCAUGAUCGGUACGUGUAGUUGGAGAGACUAGGGUUUGGUUCUCGGUGAUUUGGGGUUUGGAUGGAGAAGAAGCAAGGGUUCUUCUCGGCGCUCCGGGAGGAGGUGGCGCGGGGGCUGUCGCCGGGGAGGGCGAGGUCGGAGAGCCCCGGUAGGGCUCCGUCCCAGGUGGCGCGGUUGUUCCGCCCGCGGCGGUGGAAGGAGCGGUACUACGGGGCGGGGGCGGCGGCGGCGGAGGUGGAGGUGGUGCCGAGAUACGGGGGCAUGAGGGGCGGCGGAGGAGGAGGGGGAGGGGAAACGUUGGCGCCGCUCAUGGAGGGGCCGGAUCCGGGGGAGGGGGAGGAGUGGAGGAAGGAGGGGUGGGCGAGGUGGGUGAAGGGGCACCUCGCGCGCGCGACCUCCGUCUCCGGCGGCGGCGGCGGCGGCGGCGGAGGAAGCGGCGCGGCCUCCUCCGGGCGACGCUCCGACCUCCGCCUCCUCCUCGGCGUCAUGGGGGCGCCGCUCGCCCCCAUCCACGUUUGCGCCGCCGAGCCGCUCCCGCACCUCAGCAUAAAGGACACACCCAUUGAAACUUCAUCUGCUCAGUACAUACUGCAACAGUACACGGCGGCAUGUGGCGGCGUGAAGCUACUGAGCUCCAUCCGGAACUCAUAUGCAAUGGGAAAGGUGAAAAUGGUGGCAACCGAGUUUGAAAGUGCGAACAAGAUCAUAAAGAAUCGCCAUGCAAUGAGGUCGGCGGAAUCGGGCGGCUUUGUGCUGUGGCAGAUGGCGCCUGAGAUGUGGUACGUUGAGAUUGUAGUCGGGGGGAGCAAGGUGCAUGCCGGCUGCAACGGCCAGCUCGUCUGGCGCCACACCCCCUGGCUUGGGGCCCAUGCUGCCAAGGGCCCCGUCCGGCCUCUCCGUCGAGCUCUCCAGGGCCUGGAUCCACUGACAACUGCAAGCAUGUUUGCCAAUGCUCGAUGCAUCGGGGAGAAGAAGGUGAACGGAGAGGACUGCUUCAUCCUGAAGCUUUCUGCGGAUCCGCAGACCCUUCAGGCUCGGAGUGAGGGCCCUGCGGAGGUCAUACGGCACGCCCUAUUUGGCUAUUUCAGCCAGAGGACAGGGCUCCUAGUCCACAUAGAGGAUUCCCACCUCACACGCAUCCAAUCCAACACCUGUGGUGACGCCGUGUAUUGGGAGACCACCAUCAGUUCAUUCAUCGAGGAUUAUCGCCCAAUCGACGGUAUGAUGAUCGCCCAUUCUGGCCGCUCGCAAGUCACUCUUUUCAGGUUCGGGGAAGUGGCCAUGAGCCACACGAAGACCAGGAUGGAGGAGGCGUGGACCAUAGAGGAAGUAGCGUUCAAUGUUGCCGGCCUCUCCGUUGAUUGUUUCAUCCCUCCGUCUGAUAUAAAAUACGGGUCGAUCGGUGAAACCUUAGAUGUUACUCAAGGAGAAAGGGGGAAGACCAGUUCGGCAUCUAGUCGUCGGGCUAAGGUUGCAGCUCUGGAGAGACCGGAUUGAUAUAUUCUGAUGAACUCUAAGCUUAUUUAUUUGUUGAUACGGCCGACCGGCCAUGAAAGGUAGGUUAGAGAAAAAGCUAAUUCAAGGAGAUUUCUCUGUAUAUAGGAGAAGAGGUCUCGCAUCUCGCAGUCUCUUUGAAUCUUUUAUGAGCUUCAUUAUUAGCUGUGGAAGGAUCACAGUGUUGGUGUUGCCUCACUGGUAGAAUUAAUUGUCUUGCUGGUGAGAAGAAGAAGAAGAAGAAGAAGGAGAAGAAGCAACUUCUUCGCCGGCGAUGGAGAAUGGUUUCUCCUUUUUGAUUUUAUCUUAUGUGUGCUUUUACUUAGGUCCUCUGUAUUUUGGUAGAUGAUAUAACUCUCAUCAGUUGAUCGGGUUGGUUCUUGCGGUGAGAAUCAGCUUUCCCUUAAACGGCAAUCGAUCUCUCCAUAUUGCAUGAGACGGUUGCGUGCUAAAUUUCUACUAUUUCAGAUGCUGAAUGAAUGCUGUUAUGUAUUCUUUCUUCUGUGGGUUUAGUUGAUUUAUGUGGUUGUAUAUGCUAA